AUGUUCAGGGGCCGCAGCGCCUGGUUCUCGCAGAGCGUCCCCCCAGAGAUCCGCCGCCUUUGGGUUGGUGAAGGAGGGGUGAUUGUGAAUUUGGAAGCUGCCGAUUAUCUCUUCAGCAGCAAUGCUUCUCACCCGGAUACAAAAAGGAUACACCAAAGUUUAGACUAUCUGGAGGACCGAGUCACGGUGUUUCAUUCCUGCUUUCUUACUGCGAGUAUCAACGCCCAAACCAAAAACACCGUAGCUCUAGGACAUUUCGUUCUCGUACCAGCCAGCUUGCAAAAAGAAAUUAGAAAAAAAAUUGGCCACUUUAUAUGGGAACAGAUAACCAGUCCAGUACAGGAAUUACACUACAAUCCACUUACUCUCCAGCAAGAUGAUAGCCAAGGUCCAAGGACAUCUGAAACAGGAAAGCUAACAUACAUUCCUCUUCAAGAUUAUCCAUCAAGUAACAUGGUGACAGGUUAUACCUCUGAGAAAGAGUUGAAGAAAUUUCUCGGGGAGAUAAGAGAUUUCAUUCCUGGUUGUUCUGGUUAUUUAGCUUACUGGAUUCCAAACGAAACCAAUGUUUUCGCUGAUGUGAAGAUGAAAUUAAACAGGAAGUCAUGA